UCGUUGGAAGAUCUUUAGAGAAGCAACAGCCCCAUCAUCAUGACGGACGCUCCGGAAUAUCCAGUCGUACAGACGGGCUACGGGCCGAUAAGAGGUUUGAAAAAGGUGGCCAGCACGGGCGUAAGCUAUUACAACUUUCAGCGCAUACCCUAUUGCAAGCCACCGGUUGGAGUGCGUCGAUUCAAGGAUUUGGAGCUACCGGAACCAUGGACGGAACCGCUGGACUGUUCGCAGCAGGGCCCCAGUGGCUAUCAGUACAGCAAGCUGUUGAACAAAAUCAUUGGCAGCGAGGACCAUCUGUACAUUAAUGUGUACACCAAACAGCUGAACCCGAGCAAACCGCUCCCGGUGCUACUGUGGAUACAUGGUGGAGCAUUUAUGCGUGGAUCAAGCGGGACGGAAAUGUAUGCUCCCGACUAUCUAAUUCAAAAGGAUGUUGUGUUUGUUUCGUUCAACUAUCGUAUCGGAGCCUUUGGAUUCCUGUCGCUGGAUUCGAAGGAACUGGGGAUUCCUGGUAAUGCUGGUCUGAAGGAUCAGAAUCUUGCCAUUCGCUGGGUGCGUGAAAACGUUGCAAACUUUGGUGGCGAUCCCAGUAACAUUACCCUGUUUGGAGAAAGUGCUGGCGGGUGCUCCGUGCACUAUCAUCUGCUGUCCAACCAAUCGAACGGUCUGUUCCAGCGCGCAAUAGUGAUGUCCGGAUGUGCUCUGAACAAUUGGAGUAUCGCACCGAGAAGAAACAUGGCGGAACGGUUAGCCAAAGCGAUCGGAUGGGAUGGUGCAGGUGGAGAGGCAGGCGCACUGAAAGUCCUGAUGGGCGCUCCGGCUGAGGAUAUCGUUAAACACCAGGAUCUACUGUUGACGGCGAAUGAAUUAGAGAACAGAAUCCUGUUCGCGUUUGGGCCAGUCAUCGAACCGUACGUGACCGAGCGUACCUUCAUACCGAAGAGUCCGCUGGAAAUGUGCCGUGAGGCAUGGAGCAAUGCCAUUGAUAUAUUGAUCGGUGGAAACUCGGACGAGGGGCUGUUCUGUUUGAGUGGAAUUAAAGAGAAUCCUUCCAUCAUGGACAAUCUGAAGGAUUUCGAGUAUUUGGUUCCACUGGAGCUGGAACUGGUGCGUACUUCGCAGGCCUGUAAGGAGUACGGAUUGAAGCUGAAACGUUUCUACUACGGUGAUACGGAGCCGUCGUUUGAAAAUCGCAACGGUUAUCUCCAGCUGAUGACAGACAAACUGUUCUGGCAUGGACUACAUCGUACCAUCUACGGUCGUAUUGCUUCAAGCAAGCCAGCAAAAACCUUCGUCUAUCGGUUUGCCGUUGACUCGGACACGUACAACCAUUACCGGAUUUACUUCUGUGAUCGUAAUGUCCCCGGUACGGCUCAUGCUGACGAUUUGUCGUAUAUCUUCAAAAAUGCAUUCAGCCCUGUGCCUGCUAAUGAUACGUUCGAGUAUAGGACAAUGAUGACAAUGGUCGAGCUGUUCAGUAACUUUGCUACGUCCGGUAAUCCAAAUGGGGGUGUUGCUGGUGACAUUUGGGCUCCAGUGGGUAGCUCGAUUGGACCGUACAAUUGUCUUAACAUCACCAAUGAUGGUUUGAGGUACGUAGAGCUCCCCGAGAGACAGCGCAUGGAGCUGUGGGAUUCCUUGUACCAGAAGGAACAGCUUUAUUAGAACAUGAGAGUGUCAGUUGCAAGUAAUAAUGUUGUGUUGUUUUUGAAAUAAAAGAGGAUUAAUUGGGUUUUUGCUAAUCGA